AUGGGGACAGGUUGCACAGAGGUGGGUUUCUGGAGUGCCACGUGUGAGGGCGUGGCGGUGCGGCUGAUAGAGCGCGUGUUGGUUCAGAUGUGCGGGCAACGCGGGAGGGCGGUGUGGCGUGGCAGCUUCCCGGACGCUGGGCGGUUUUGUGUUGCGCAUGUGGGAGGAGCAGGUGUGGCGCGCCGCGGCUGUGUCGUUUUGGCUGCAGUGAGUUGCCAAGCACGAGUUGUUCACCUGGCUGUAAUUGGCAUUUGUGCUUUAAGGGGGCUGGGGCUGAUGGCGCCAGCGCUGUACACAGCCCCCGCUAGAUUGAGCUGCGCUACCAUCGGCUGGCCUGCGUCGCCAUGCUACCGCUGCCAGGUGUGUGUGGUUGUCCAGUACGUAAGCGGCCAGCGUGGUCUACAAACAUUGUAG